GUGAAAUAGAAUCAUGUAAAAUUGCACCACAAAAUUGUAGUAUGAUAUUAUUAUCAAUCGGUAUUACAAGUAGUACUGUAUUUACUUUUGUCCUUCAUAUUUUCUUCAAAGUUCCGAUACAUAGAAUAUUUUUGCCACCCAGAGAUUUUACAAAAUUACUACCAUUUACCAUUUACUGUGUUGGAAGAAGACAAUAGGCAGGGGUAUCACAGCCUUUGCCCUGACCGCCAAUAGUUUUCCCGCGCAGUUCUCUGCUCCGCCCAAUCAACGAUGUCGGAAAACCCAUUGCAGUUUUUCUUCAAAACGGUGUCAAAUGUUUCGAACUGUGUCCAAGCUCACCUAUCCCAAUUCACGAGCUUCCCGAAUGGUGCAAAUCAUUCUAUUACGUUGUCUUCGCGUUCAACUUCACCUUCGACUUCAGAACGUACUAAUCAUAUUGACACCAUUGUAAUCCGGCCCAGUGAAGAACUCGUCAAGAAGGAAAAAGCUUCAGGUCCUGUGACUAAAGAAGAACUAGGAAGGGCAACGUGGACUUUCCUUCACACGCUUGCUGCGCAGUAUCCAGAAAAACCUACACGGCAACAGAAGAAGGAUGUAAAAGAACUGAUGGCAAUAUUGUCUCGGAUGUAUCCUUGUCAGGAAUGCGCUGAUCACUUCAAAGAAGUAUUAAGAGCAAAUCCUGUACAAGCUGGAUCACAAAGUGAAUUCGCGCAAUGGUUAUGUCACACACACAAUGUUGUGAACAGAAGGAAUGCUGAAAUUCUUACUCUAUCGACAGUCUUGGCAAGCUGGUCUUUCCUUGUGAACGAGUGGAUGCACGAUGGGGUAAGCUCGAGUGUGAGCAACGUGCAUGCGAUUUGCGAGGGCAGAAUAAUCCUUGGGAUUGAAGUAUUUUGAUAAUUUAAAGUUGCUACUCUCGAUGACUCAAUCGCAAUUGAGAGACUUUAGCUCAGUGUUGAUUGGUACAGAGGAUAAUGUAAAUGGUGGAUACAGAGGAGAACCAAGUUUAGAUCCACAUCACGCUAGUUGCAUUAAAUUAUUAAAACUUAGACCAUUGAGGCAUCAGGGUAUGUAAUAUAUAUGCUUGGAUCGUUUCCCAGUUAGUCGAUAGACAGUGUAAUGUAGCAUAUGUGAAGAUGAACACUGAAUAUCAAUGACCAGACUGCGCUACACCUCGGUCUCUCACCACCCGAAUGCUACAUUCAUUGAUUUUGUUAAUGAUUCAACAUUCAGUUUCAAUCAUACAGUCGUGGUGACAAGCGAUGCAUAUAUAUGUUCGAUUGUUUGUUGUAAAACACACAUCCAGAAACCAGUAAUUGGCAUCAUCAUAAGCCAAGUUAAAAGGACCAAAAUAUUCAAGAAAUCCACAUUACAUUUACAAACGAACUUCCGAGAAACAACAACUCUUGAAGAAAACAUAAAGCUACGACUUGGCCGGAGGAGCAGCACUUGCGCCGUCCUCACCAGGGUGCAAAUUGACGACAGCCCGGAACGGAGGAGCUUCCCCAAAUUUAAGAAUGUAUGCAGUUUCAUAGACUGGCCUGAGGGACAAGAUCGCUUGAGCGUCCAGAUAUGCAUCACAGGAGAAACACCAGACUGAUAGGUCACUGUCCCAAAUCAGAAAUUUCCAAAACUUAGAACGAAAAAAAAAAAAACAAAGAACCGAACGAAAUAAAAACAGUAACAGGGUACAAAACGUACCUGAAGCUAAGUGCCAAAGGAUGAUUCUUUUGGUGAAAAUGGUGGAGCAUGUGCUUAUUCACAAAACGGCUACACAGAACAUCUUUGCAACUUAAGCACAACCAAUUCUCUUGAGGGUGUUGGCACCUUCAAAAUCACACCCAAUCAAAUUUAGCCUACUUAGUACAGUAAAAUCACAAUUGUAAUUCAUUUGAGGAUGUUCUCUUGAAGGCUUUAUUAAGGGUUUAAUUUAAUGGAGGACAAGAAAAAAACACCCAAAACAAACCCGUAGCAAGCAGUAUCCGGGGUUGGAAUAUGGGUGAGAUCCGAUGACAGCAAACCCAGGUGAUCGCAGCGGGUUCGGGCCUCCACCCAACCGGAUUCCGACCCGUCGAGCAUCAGUCCGUCGUCGUCGAAGGGUAGAGAAGACGAAGAGGAAGCAGCGCCUUGGCUCAUUGUUCUAAUGCCUUCUCCAAUUCAGAGUUCUUUGACUUAACUUUCCAGCUUUCAGUAAUUCAGUCUUGUUAUUAUAUAGGCUUCCAAAUGG